AAGCAUCUUCACUCUAUACGAGAAGACAGUCUAUGUAUAAAGUUCCGAAGACGCGUAUAUAACUCGGUCAUUGAAAGAGAGAGAGCGCGCGGGCGCGUACAUCCUGAACUGGUACUGACCAACUGUGGUACUGACGAUAUCUCGAAAAGUGGGAAGAAAAGACUAAAAUUAAAGAGCAUCCCCGACGCGUGGAAACCCGCGACCUUUCCCUGAUCUCAUCUUUUUGGGUUUGGGGUUUAACAUCGUCGAAUCGUCACAUUUCUCGCUGCAUUUCCUCCCGCAUUAUACGUUAACAUCCCCGUUUGAGAAACUUGUCUGCAAUUUCUCGAAGGAAACUGCGUACCGAGUCCGUUUCAUUUCGCGCCGCUUGAUCACGCACGCUCACAGUGUGCUGUGCACGCUCACGUAUCUGAACGCGCGCGUGCAAUUUCAACUGACACUUUGACGUGUCGACGCAACGACGUGCAUGAGGAUCGAAGACGAGAACGGACUAAGAUAUACUUUGCGGGCGAUAAUUUAAUAUAUAUAUAUAUAUACACACACACCUACGUAUAUAUACGUAAAUUCGGAAGGCAAGUUUGCGAUCAUCUCCGAGAGUCAUCUCGACGUACAUCGCCUUAUACGUACAAAUGGAAAUGCAGUCGAAUUCACCGCGCGCGAAAGCGAAAACCAGUUGUCACAACGUGAGAAUAUUCCUUGUCGUCACCCUCGCUGUUACAUUAUGCUACCCAGCUCUCAUCGAUACGGCGGUGGUCCGUUCCGAGAAACAGUUGCAGCGGGUACUGUUACGAGACUUUACAAACGUCAGGAUUCCACGAGCUACAGAAGAUAGCGAUGAGGAAAACGCACCGAGACGAAUUUGUCAUAACGCACCCUGUGGAUGGGCGGUCUACAAUCCAUAUACGCGUAACAUUGAGUAUUUCAUGAGAAACACUUGUGAAUGCCCGGAUGAAAGUUACAAGUGCGUGCGCGUUGGAGACGAUCUCUCCGCGAGUGCGUACGUAUAUCGUUGUCGCCAAAAUACGACAGCGGAGGACAUUGAGUCUCCCUCUCUCGAUGACACCCUCUGAGACGAGGUCGGCAUCUCAUUAUCUCGUCAUCGGUAUCUACUUAUACCACGUGUCACACCAAACCUGCAGUUACC